GGGGGAGGGGGGGCGUGGUUACGCUUGGCCACGCCUCCGUCAGCGCAAAUCGCCACCCUAUGCGCGGCGGAAGUCUCGCGAGAAGCGGCGUGAUGUGCGGGGGCUGUGUGGGCACGGAAUACCCCGAGCGGGGCACCACGUGCCUGGAGGGCGGCUCCUUCCUCCUUAACUUCGUGGGGUGCGCGCGGUGCGGCCGCCGGGACUUCGUACUGCUGGGCAACCGCGCCGCCGGCCUGCACGGCGACGAUGAGAUCAUCACCUACGACCACCUGUGCAAGAACUGCCACCACCUGAUUGCACGCCACGAGUACACCUUCAGCGUGGUGGAUGACUACCAGGAGUACACCAUGCUGUGCCUGCUAUGCGGCCGCGCCGAGGACUCGGUCAGCAUCCUGCCUGACGACCCACGUCAGAUGACCCCACUCUUCUGAAGGCAGUUUGUAACCCUGGGUGUGGGGGGCUUCAGCCCUGAGCUGAGGCCGCUUUGUGUUGAUGAAAAGAAGGGGGGGGGGGGAAUGGGGAUGGGCAGCCUGUUGGCACCCUGAAACGGUUCUGUGCAGCGCAGCUGCCUGAGGAGUGCGAGCAAUAAAGGUGAAUUUAGUACAGCUCA